AUGGUAUCAUUCAUUGAUGACUUCUCAAGAUUCUCUGAAACGGCAUAUCUUACUGCUAUAAAUCAAUUGGAUAUUCGUGGAACAAUAGGCACAAAAAUGUUGCCACCAAAGACAGAAUAUGCUGCUUAUUUGGCGUUCAAGUUUGUAAAUGGGUGCGGCAAUAACCUUCCAUCUGCUAAAUCAAAUAUUAGGUUUGUUAAUUAUGAGAGUGAAAUUGAUGCUGAAAAUCAGGCCAACACUGUGCACCUUCCAAGAUUGCAAGAAAGUGGGGGUAUCCCAAAAAUGAGAGGAGAUGGAUGUAUGGAAGUAAAAUUGGGAUAUUUUGAUAGCAAGAAAGACACUGACGGUCCUAUUGAAGCAAGAUUGUUUGAGAAGAAUCACUUUUACAAAAUUGGACUCAUUGUUGAAGGAGUUGAGUUUCGUCCAAAAUGA